UUCCUUCCUUCUUCCGGUUCCGCCCCCUUCCGCCCCUGCGGCUAGCUCACACUGCGCAUGCGACCGCUGGUGGUCAGCGGGGCGAUGGCGGCUUCUUCAAGUGGUGAGAAGGAAAAGGAGCGGAUGGGAGGCGUUUCGGGAAUGGCAGGCCUUGGCAGUACGCGAGAGCGGCUUCUGUCUGCGCUGGAAGAUCUGGAGGUCUUGUCGAGGGAACUUAUAGAAAUGCUUGCAAUUUCAAGAAAUCAGAAGCUGUUACAGCUGGAAGAGGAAAACCAGGUCUUGGAGUUGCUAAUUCACCGAGAUGGGGACUUUCAAGAACUGAUGAAGUUAGCACUCAAUCAGGGAAAAGUCCACCAUGAAAUGCAGGCUUUAGAGAAGGAAGUAGAAAAGAGAGACAGUGAUAUUCAGCAGCUGCAGAAACAGCUGAAAGAGGCAGAGCAGAUCCUGGCAACAGCUGUUUACCAGGCAAAGGAGAAACUCAAGUCAAUCGAGAAAGCAAGAAAAGGCGCUAUCUCCUCUGAAGAAAUCAUUAAAUAUGCACACAGGAUUAGUGCAAGCAAUGCUGUAUGUGCUCCUCUCACUUGGGUUCCAGGAGACCCUCGGAGGCCAUACCCAACUGAUUUAGAGAUGAGAAGUGGAUUGCUGGGUCAGAUGAACAAUCCUUCCACCAGUGGUGUGAAUGGUCACCUCCCAGGGGAUGCUCUCGCAGCAGGUAGACUGCCAGAUGUCCUUGCUCCACAGUACCCAUGGCAGUCUAAUGACAUGUCUGUGAACAUGCUGCCACCAAACCACAGCAGUGACUUCCUGUUGGAACCUCCUGGGCACAACAAAGAAAACGAAGAUGACGUUGAGGUGAUGUCUACAGAUUCUUCAAGCAGCAGUAGCGACUCUGACUGAGAAAGGUGCGGGAUGCACAGACUCCAGUGCUGCAGAGUUCUGCCAAGGGGGAGAUGAAAAGCACAGACUAAGGAGCCCAUUCAAGAUCAAAGUGGGUUUUCUUCCUACAGCCCAACCCCUGGUUCUCUGUCUGUUACACAAAUGUUUGAGAAUUAGUCAGAAUUACUGUUGUGUUUGGUUGUGCAUAGACGCUCUGGAAUGAGACUGAAGAGGAACUCACACACUUCAUGGAGUGUACUUAGCAAGGGCACUGAGCUGGGUGUGGUGGCUCAUACUUGUAGUCUAGCACCUGGGAGGCUGAGGGAUUGCUGUGAGUGUGGCCGCCUUGAGCUACAGAAUAAGCUGAGCCACCAGGGUAGCAAAAAAAAAAAGAGGAGGCAGUGAGCUGUGUGUGUGAUAAUGCAAAAGUGCUCACUUGAAAGUGAAGUUGCCUGCUAUUAAGGUGACAACUGUCAAUAUGUAUAUGUGGUAAAUACUGUAAUUUGUGUAAAUAAACUUGGUUUUGUUUGUA